AUGCCUAUCGCGGAUGUUGAUAGUGUUUCUUCUACAAACAAUCGACUUAUCAUCAAGGAGCUAGAUUAUAACAUUCCCGUUAUGAUGACUGAGUUUGAUCAUAUGUUUCUUGCAUUGACAAAUGAGCAGCAUCACAUUUUCCUUGAUAUCAUGUCUACAGUUAAACAUAAUAAAGGGGGUGCUUUCUUUGUUUAUGGUUAUGGUGGAAUUGAGGAAUAUGUUUGUAAAAUAAAUCGAGAUAGUGACCUUGCUACGUUAUUGAGAAAAACCUCAUUGAUAAUUUGGGAUGAAGCUCCUAUGGUCCAUAAGCAUGCAUUUGAAGCUUUAGAUCGAAGUUUGAAAGUUGUAUUCAGGUCUGAAAAUUCUACCAACUCAGAUAUUCCGUUUGAAGGGAAAGUUAUUGUUUUUGGAGGAGAUUUCAGACAGGUUCUACCUGUUAUUCCAGGUGGAAGUAGACAAAACAUUGGAUCAACUGAUAUAGAAAAAAAAGUCAGAGAUUUUGCGAAAUGGCUGUUGGAUAUAGGAGAAGGCAAACUUGGUGGUAUCAAUGAUGGAGAAACGGUUAUUGAUAUUCCAGAUGAUAUUCUCAUUAAUGAUCCACAUGAUCCUAUAGGUUCAUUAAUCGACUUCGUAUAUCCAUCAAUUUUGGAAAAGUACAACAAUACAAGCUAUUUUCAAGAAAGAGCAAUACUUUCUCCAAAGAAUGAAGUGGUUCGGGAAAUAAAUGACUGUUUGCUAUCGAAGUUUCCAGGAAAUGAGGUUGAGUAUUUAAGUUUAGAUAGUAUAUGCCAAUCUGAAUUUGUCCAUGAUCAGUAUGAUGCAAAUUUAUAUUCACCUGAAGUUUUAAAUGGUCUGAAAGUAUCGGGUUUACCAAACCAUAAGUUAGUUUUAAAAGUUGAUAUUCUUGUUAUGUUGCUGAGAAAUAUUUAUCAGAAAAAUGGAUUGUGUAAUAGGACAAGACUCCAAGUGAUAUCAUUGGGCAAAUAUGUUAUUGAGGCACGUAUCAUAGAACUAAUGUUGGAAACCACACUUUUAUUCCAAGAAUGUCGCUAA